GCUGAGCUCAGCUUUCUUUCGCAGGAGAAAACUCCGCUCCCCGCCGCCGCCGGCUUGUUGCUCCCACCGCAGCGACGCCCCAACGAGGGCUUCGGCCGGAGGAGGGAGCGAGGCUCGACGUGCCCCCUUUUUUAGCCGCGGGAAAGCCUGCAGGCCUCUCACUUCCUCGUCGCGUCAGUCGGUGGGUGGGUGGCUCCUGGGCGAGGACGCCGCCUUUGUGCGGGAGCAGCCCCUGCUGCAGAGACCCGGGCCGAGGGAGGCGCACCAGGCGAGAGGAGCGCGGAGCGCAUCUUGCGCCGGCGGCCAUGGGAACCCUGAAGGAAGAGCUGCUGAAACCGAUCUGGCACGCCUUCACCGCCCUCGACCUGGACCGGAGCGGCAAAGUCUCCAAGUCCCAGCUCAAGGUUCUUUCUCACAACCUGUGCACAUUGUUGAAUGUUCCACAUGAUCCAGUGGCCCUAGAGGAGCAUUUUAGGGAUGAUGAUGAAGGACCUGUUUCCAAUCAGGGCUAUAUGCCUUAUUUAAACAGAUUCAUCUUGGAAAAAGUCCAAGGAAACUUUGACAAAAUUGAAUUUAAUAAAAUGUGUUGGACUCUAUGUGCCAAGAAGAACCUUCCAAGAAAUAUCUUGCUCCUUACUGAUGAUGAUGCUUUUAAAUUGUGGGUUAUCUUCAAUUUUCUUUCUGAAGACAAAUAUCCACUAGUCAUCGUACCAGAAGAGAUUGAGUACUUGCUUAAGAAAUUAACAGAAGCCAUGGGAUUAGGCUGGCAUCAAGAACAAUUUGAACACUACAAGAUCAGCCUGGAGACCAAUUGGGAUGGUCUUUCUGCCUGGGAAUUGAUCGAGCUCAUUGGAAGUGGUCGAUUUAGUAAAGGGAUGGACAGGCAAACAGUAUCUAUGGCAGUUAAUGAAGUUUUCAAUGAACUUAUUUUAGAUGUAUUGAAACAGGGCUAUAUGUGGAAGAAGGGCCACAGAAGGAAAAACUGGACAGAACGUUGGUUUGUUUUAAAACCUAAUAUUAUAUCAUACUAUGUGAGUGAAGAUUUAAAAGACAAAAGAGGAGAUAUCGCACUGGAUGACAACUGUACUGUAGAGGCUUUGCCUGACAAAGAUGGAAGGAAGUGUCUCUUUCUCAUAAAUAGUUAUGAGAAGGGUUAUGAGAUAAGUGCCUCUGAUAAGAAGAAGAUACAGGAAUGGAUUCAAGCCAUUCAGACGACUAUAAAUUUACUAAAAUUAAACAGCCCUCCACCCCACAAGGAGGCACGACAGAAACGUAAAGCAUUACGCCAGAAGCUGCAAGCCGAACAAGAGGAAUUGGAGAGGCAAAUGAAAGAACUGCAAAUGGCAAAUGAGAACAAACAAAAAGAACUGGAGACAGUCCGAAAACAACUUGAAGAAGCUGCAUCUCGAGCUUCAGAAGAAGAGAAGAAGCGCCUGCAAACUCAAAUGGAGUUGCAAGACCGAUUCAGUGUUGAGCUGGAGAGAGAAAAGAUGGUAAGACAGAAAAUGGAAGAACAAGUAGCCCAGAAGUCAUCUGAGUUAGAACAGUAUUUACAAAGAGUGCAGGAACUUGAGGAAAUGUAUAAACAGCUACAGGAAGCUUUGGAAGAUGAGAAACAAGCACGUCAAGAUGAGGAGACUGUCAGGAGACUUCAGUCCAGGUUACUGGAAGAGGAGUCUACCAAGAGAGCAGAACUGGAGAAAUGGCACUUAGAGCAACAGCAGACCCUUCAGGUCACUGAAGCAGAGAAACAAGAGUUGGAAAACCAGAGAAUGAUGAAAGAACAUGCUCUUCAAGUUGCCAUGCAGCAGUUAGAGCAACUGGAAAUGGACAGGAAGCAAGCCCUUGAGCAGUGUGAGGAGGUGAAAAAGAAGUUGGAAGUAGCAGCAAGCAAGACAAAGAGUUGGAAAGAUAAAGUGGCACAUCAUGAGGGAUUAAUUAGAUUAAUUGAACCAGGUUCUAAGAAUCCCCACUUGAUCACAAACUGGGGACCAGCAGCCUUCACUGAAGCUGAGCUUGAGCAAAGAGAAAAGAGCUGGAAGGGGAAAAAGAGCGUUUCUGAGCAAUGACUAUAGAAGAAAAUUAUUUUUGGUGGCAAGAUGAAAUCAAAUUGCUAUAUGAAGUAAUCUGUAUCAUCUUAUUGUGGAGUGGUUCAAAAUUUCCAUCAAAAAUUCAAACUGUCAAUUGCAUAUUUUCAGUUAAUACAUUCUCAUAACCUUUUAUAAGAAAACAAAUUACAGGAGAAGCUGUGGGUCAAGAUAGCUAGAAGUGUACAUUAAUUAUUUUGGGAAUAAAAUAUGUAGAUCAAGCAAGUAUGUGUGUUGUGACUUCAGUUGUAUAUUUGUAGGACAACAUGAGCCUAUUUACACUCUCUGUUAUCUUAGGUGGGUAACAAACAGUAAAUUUAAACUUCUCGGUUUGGUGCUGUUAUCUUUGGUUAGCAAAUUCCAUAGUCUCAUGACAGCCUGACUCAAAUAGUAUUUAAAACUUUGUGGCUGAAAUGCCCAAGAAUUAUUUUCGCACAGAGAUAUACGACGCUUUAUCCAAAACAGAAUUAAAACAGUAAGUUUUGAAUCUUAGAAAGCCUGACAAAAUUUGAGAAAUGAUGAAUUGUGGUAUGUGAAAUGGCACAAGAGCAUUCCAUGGAUUACUGACCAUUCAGCAGGAUACUGCUAAUUAUAAUUUGGGGAAAUUUAUUUCUAGGGAGUCUGAUUUAAAAAUUAAUAGCACACUCCUGAUCCAUUACAACACCUAAACCUCUCAAUAAUUGAGUUUAAAUAAUAAAAACAUAUGUUAUAUUUUGUAGAGAAAGUGAUUUUGUUUUUAUAUUCCUGCAGCUGCCUACCUUCUGCAAGAAUAAAUGUUAAAUGUUGUAGUGGAUGGGGUAGUGAUUUUACUCCCUUGGGUUUUCUUAGACAUCAGGUUCGAGAAUUUUGGUGUACUAAACUCUUUGUGCCAGGCAUUGUUUUGAAGAGACAUAUCUGCUAAGAAAUUACCUAUAAGAAGCAUAAACAAAUGCACUUGUUUUGUGCAGAUACGUUGCAGACCUGUGUUAUCCAAACUUUUCACACCUGGUGCACAGUAUUUUUUUUCUGGAUUAAAACUGGAGGCACCUUUCACUGUUUACACUGAAAAAUGUUUUGCUCCUGGAAUAAUGGAUAGGUAUUCUGUCUGUGCGAUUGCAGGAUAGCAUAGUUAAUGCUGCUGCUCAGUAUUUCACCGCUCCGUAGCCAGUGGGCAAGGUUAACAUUGUGCAUUCUGGGCAAUGUUGAUGAUUCUGGUACAGUAUUUUUUUUCUUGUCCCCAACAUGGGUUUUUAUGGCAUUUUGAAAUACCUAUACUCUUCAUUGGGAUUAUGUUCUGCUAUACAUUGGCAGGCACAUAAGAAUUAGUACUGCAUAGGUGCUCCCCAUUCUGUGAUACAGGGUGGUAGAUGGACUUACCAUGAUGGAUUAAUUUUCUACAGUAUUGUCAAGUUGCAUAUGAUGUGUGAACUAAGUCCUCGGAGCGCCAUAAUUUAUAAUAUUUCUUGACUAUUCAGCUUGCAAUGUCUGUCACAAUUUAUGUGAGGAUUUAUUAUCCACAAACAACUUUCUUCUUCUGGAUGUCCUUUAAAUACUUUGCUCAAGAAGCACGCAAUGUGUUCAGAAGAAUUAUUCUUUUUCUUUAUAUUAGUUCACAUUUUACUUAAUAUGCAAGCAGGAUUUAAAUGUAAUAACUUCUCUAAAAAGAUGUAUGUUGCAGACAUAGAAGUCUCAAAUAUAACAGUCCUAAUAAAUGAAUAAAUGAAAUCUUAAGGACCUAAUGCAUUCAUGGAAUAUAUAUUUAAAAUGAAUAACUUUAAAAUUAUAACUAUCUUAAAAUCUAGCAUAAGCAAGUUAAUAGUAAUAUUCAGUUUAAACGUCCAUGCUCAGCCAAGCAGAGUAUUUCCCUGUGGCUUUUCUUUCCUGCUCUAGAUUAUGUUACAAUGAUCUAUUGAUAAAUCUAGGAUGUUAUUAUUUAGCUUUCUAUAUGUACAUUAGUUCAUUAUCCAAGAAGAUUUCUAGGCUAACAAGAGUCAAUGGAAAAUGUCAUAGACUUUGCUUUAUUAUCAGACAAUGGCUUGAUAAGAUUUGUGUAAUAAAAUCUCUUAUCUCUGUCUUCUUUUACUUUA